AUGGGAUUCAUAGUCGGACUUGUGAUCGGACUCGCCGUGGGAAUCACCAUCAUCAUCGGCUUCGUCAAAGCCGAGAAUUAUCGAUCCAAGCUUCGCUCUGAACUCGCGAAUACGGUGGCUGCAUUCGCGAGGAUGACGGUGGAGGAUUCAAGGAAGCUUCGUUUUAUCCUUCCUGGCUCGUCUUCUCCCAGCGCAGCUUCGGAGCUUAUAAGAGCAUCCGUGGAGCCUGUUCUCGAGCAGUAUCGACCUGCCGUUGUUGCUUCCUUGACAUUUUCUAAGCUUACUCUCGGAACCGUGGCGCCUCAGUUUACAGUUGACUCCAUCUCGAGCUAG